AGGGGAGAUCUCCAAAAUCGGUGUCUUUCUCUUUGUGGGAGCUGAGCUGCAACGAGAGAUCAGAUGGGGAGAUCUCCUUGUUGCGAGAAAGUGGGGUUGAAGAAGGGGAGAUGGACGGCCGAGGAAGAUGAAAUAUUGACGAAUUAUAUUAAUGCUAAUGGUGAAGGAUCCUGGAGAUCAUUGUCCAAACGUGCAGGUUUGUUGAGGUGUGGGAAGAGUUGCAGGUUGAGAUGGAUAAAUUAUUUGAGGGCUGAUUUGAAGAGAGGGAACAUCACUCCCCAUGAGGAAGAAACCAUUGUUAAGUUACAUAGUGCUUUGGGAAAUAGGUGGUCUUUAAUUGCAGCACAAUUACCAGGCAGAACUGACAACGAGAUUAAGAAUUACUGGAACUCUCAUCUAAGCCGAAAAAUUUAUAGUUUCAGCAAGACCAUCAACGAAACCAAACCCACCGAUCUCCACGCUAUAACCAAACCCGCCGAUCAUCGGAAACGAAAACCCGGCCGUACAAGCCGAUCCGCCAUGAAAAGACAAAAGCUAGCUUUAAUGCCACUCGGCAAUAGUAUUCCUAAAAGUACUGACAGCCAGGGAGAAGAAACCCUAGAAAUGCAUGGCUGCUGCAUGCACAACAAUGCAAGGCGGCCCGAAGGCAAUAAUGGCGAAGAAACCACAGGUGGUGGGAACGAAAAGGAAGCCAUGGGACCAUACGAGUGGCUCGACAACGAAAUAAAGCGCCUCAGCAGCAUUCUACAGCGAAGUGAUCGAGGCGUGGAUCCAAGUGGGAACGGUGGGGUUCUAAAAGAUGCUGAAAACGAUGGCGUUCGGAACUCGUUGUCCAAUAAUACGCAGAUUACCGAUCGUCGUGGCGAUGAACGGUGGAUUUGUAACUCGUCUUCGUCGACAGGGAAUUCAGGGUUUGUUUCGACUGGUGGUUUACGGUGCUGUGAAGAUGAUGAUGAACAGUGGGAAUUACUAUGGGAUGAUUCCGAUAACGUGCUUUGUUGGUUAUGGGAUGAAGGCAAUGACGACGAUGAAGUUGGAAAAACACCAAAUUAGUGUGACAUU